AGCCGACAGGGAGUUACAGAGCUCAGAGGCUAAAUUCAGAUUCUGCCAUGGUUAUGGUGGUCGCCUUCGCCGUCGUGACGGUUAUAGUGAUCUUCGUGACUCUGUUUCUCAGAGUUGCGUAUGAUACUCUGUUAUGCUACUUCGUCUCGCCGAUACGUAUCGAACGCAUCAUGGCAAAGCAAGGCGUGCGUGGUCCCAAACGCCGCCUUCUCACCGGCAACAUCCCCGAAAUGCACUCUCUUCACUCCUCCGCCACCUCUAAACCCAUGAAAUCAAUCACGCACGACAUUGUCGGCCGCCUCGUCCCGCAUUUCGCCGCCUGGUACCCCCAAUACGGACAGAGGUUUCUGUACUGGAACGGGAUAGAACCCAGGUUGUGUUUGACGGAGAUGGAGCUGAUCAAGGAGUUCUUGGCGAAAUACAACUCUGUUUCGGGGAGGUCAUGGCAACAAAGACAAGGUUCGAAGCAUUUCAUAGGGGAAGGAUUGUUAAUGGCGAAUGGAGGAGAAUGGUACCAUCAACGUCACAUCGUUGCCCCUGCAUUUACAGGAGAAAGACUUAAGGAGUAUGCCGGGCAUAUGGUAGAAUGCACUAAAGAGAUGCUCCAAUCACUACGAAAUGCAUUCGAAUCAGGGCACACUGAGAUAGAGAUAAGCGACUAUAUGACUCGACUCGCUGCCGAUAUAAUCUCAAGAACUGAGUUCGGUACGAGUUACGAGAAGGGAAAGCAAUUAUUCCAUCUUCUCACUAAUCUCCAGACCCAUUGCGCCCAAGCAAGUCGCCGUCUCUGGUUUCCCGGAAGCCGGUAUUUUCCGACCAGGUAUAACAGAGAGACGAAGUCGAUGAAGAAGAAGGUGGAUAAGUUGUUGAUGGAGAUAAUAGAGAGCAGGAUGGACUGUGUGGAGAUUGGAAGAACGAACUCGUAUGGGAAUGAUUUGUUGGGGAUACUGUUGAAUGAGAUGAUGAUGAAGGACAAGGAGAAGAAGAAGAAGAAGAAUAGAGGGAAUAGUAAUGGGUUUAGCUUGAAUCUGCAGCUGAUUAAGGAUGAAUGUAAGACAUUCUUCUUCGCCGGCCACGAGACGACGGCGUUGUUGCUGACUUGGACGGUGAUGCUGCUCGCCAGCAACCCGUCGUGGCAAGACAAGGUUAGAGCGGAGGUUAAGGAAGUCUGUAAUGGCGGAAUUCCCUCUCAUGAACAUCUCUCCAAGCUCAAUCUGUUACAUAUGGUAAUAAAUGAAACAAUAAGGCUAUAUCCUCCGGCAAUGGUACUUCCAAGAAUGGCCUUUGAAGACAUAAGGCUUGGUGACCUUCUAAUUCCAAAGGGAGUAUCUGUUUGGGUACCGGUUUUAGCUAUCCAUCAUAGUAAAAAGCUAUGGGGCGAGGAUGCGGAUGAGUUCAACCCGAACCGAUUCGCUUCAAAGUCGUUCUCGUCGGGUCGGUUCCUGCCAUUUGCCGUCGGACCCAGGAACUGUAUCGGGCAAGCUUUUGCUCUAAUGGAAGCUAAGAUCAUACUGGCAAUGUUCAUCUCGAAAUUCAGAUUCACUAUUUCUGAGAAAUAUCGUCAUGCUCCUGAGGUUGUUCUUACCAUCAAGCCCAGAUAUGGAGUUCAAGUUUGUUUGGAGCCCCUGGAUAACUAAUCCCGCAUAAGGACAUAUGCUUCGUUGUCCAAACCGGAAUAGUGGAGGAGAGUGAGGAAUUGGGAGAGUUCUCUUUUUAUGCAAAGGGAAAUAUAUAAUAUUAUAUUUUUAUCUGGUUUUAUUAGGAAAAAAAAUAAGUUGACUCGCUCGGAUCAAGUCAAUUUUACCCUUU